CUCAAAGCCCCAAUUUUCUGUUCACUUUUUCCGUCUUCCCAAACAGCAAUCUACUAAACGCGGUCGAGAGAGCUCGCUCAGGCUCAUCUGAUAUUUGGGGUUAGGGUUUUUUCUCGAUCCGACUCGCCAAUUCCAAAACCCUAAUUAUCAGAUCAGGUCUGAGCAUUCCGGUUAGCAGGGUCGCUUAGUUGAAUCAGCUAAGUUUCAUGUCUGACAUCGACGUACAGCUUCCCACUGCCUUUGAUCCCUUUGCCGAGGCAACUGCUGAGGACUCGGGUGCUGGGACAAAAGAGUAUGUACACAUCCGUGUACAGCAACGCAAUGGCAGGAAAAGCCUGACUACUGUGCAGGGAUUGAAGAAAGAGUUUAGCUAUAACAAGAUACUCAAAGACCUUAAGAAGGAAUUUUGCUGCAAUGGUACCGUUGUCCAGGACCCAGAACUAGGACAGGUCAUUCAGCUUCAAGGUGAUCAGCGAAAGAACGUAUCUACCUUUCUAGUCCAGGCUGGGAUUGUGAAGAAAGACAAUAUCAAAAUUCACGGUUUCUGAGUCGUUGCAACCUGCAGCAACAUCGACCUCUGCAGAAUGCGUCUCUCUGAAGUUCUGAACCCUCAGUUGAGAAGUUUGUUAUCUGAAUAUUGUGUCAUCUAUAAGCCAGUCUGCUAUGUGGAUUGUGUUUCCGGUGUCUAUUAAGUUUCUAUAAACUGUGUGAUGUGGCUGUCUUAAUUUCGAUGUCUAUGAAAAUAUUACGCUUUUACCUAGA